AAGGUGACCAAGAUGGAGUUUACUGGAAAACUGCGGAGGAUGCAGUGGUUGGCAGGUGACCAGAGAAGUGCUUCCUACCCUCAUUGCCUUCAGUUUUACUUGCAGCCGCCUUCUGAAAACAUAUCUUUAAUAGAAUUUGAAAACUUGGCUAUUGAUAGAGUUAAAUUGUUAAAAUCAGUUGAAAAUCUUGGAGUGAGCUAUGUGAAAGGAACAGACCAAUACCAGAGUAAGCUGGAGAAUGAGCUUCGAAAACUCAAGUUUUCCUACAGAGAAAACUUAGAAGAUGAAUAUGAACCACGAAGAAGAGAUCAUAUUUCUCAUUUUAUUUUGCGCCUUGCCUAUUGCCAGUCGCCUUAUGACCUGUUUCCCUGCUUUCAACUCUGCCUCUUUCUGUGGGACCAGUUGUUUGGGCCUGCUGGCAUUAGUCCAAACUUCCGCCUAUGUCCCGCUGACAACUUAAGGCACCAGGCACGAGCUGUUGCUGAUUUGCAUUGCCCAUGGCACCCCUCAGUCUGGUGUGGCUCUUGUGGACCAUGGGUUGCAGCAGGGAUGAGUUCAGAUGAAGCACUUGGAAACUGUGGCACUGUUGAUAAAAGGUGUGCUUCCUAUACAAGUGUAUCUUUUAAGAUAAGUGAUAAAGAGAAGACUCUUCGAGAACAGGAGAUUAUUGCCUCAUCACCAAAUUUAAAUGGAGUUAAGUCGGAGUCCAUUUAUAAGAUCCCUUUUGCUGAUGCUCUGGAUUUGUUUCGAGGAAGGAAAGUCUAUUUGGAAGAUGGCUUUGCUUACGUACCUCUUAAGGACAUUGUGGCAAUCAUCCUGAAUGAAUUUAGAGCCAAACUGUCCAAGGCUUUAGCAUUAACAGCCAGGUCCUUGCCUGCUGUGCAGUCUGAUGAAAGACUUCAGCCUCUGCUAAACCACCUCAGUCAUUCCUACACUGGCCAAGAUUACAGUACCCAGGGAAAUGCUGGGAAGAUUUCUUUAGAUCAGAUUGAUUCGGAAGUAAAUUUAUUGGUUCAUAUUACAAGGGGACAGCACAGUGGAAGCCCUCAUGAGUACAGGGCCCGCCACUUGUCCAGAGAGCCACGAUUGGGGAUGUACUUAACCCCACAGCCAUCUGGGAUGAGCCGCUUCUCAGCCACCAUAUCUUCAAAUUCAUCGGCAUUGAACUCGCUUAGUGCGGAUGGACAUGAUCACUUGCCCAAUGUGAACCCUGGCCACAGUGCCCUGGGGCUUUCCAAAGGCACGUCGCAUCCCUGUUUGGAGCCUAUUGGGGAAGUGCAAGAUGAAUGGGUGACUCUGUCUCCCAGGAGCUCCAGUCUCCAGCUAAAACGGCCCCUGGACCCGUGUAUUUUUUAUGGAGAACCAUUACACUGGCGCGCCAGCAAAGCAGCCACGCCGGCCAAAACAGCUGCCGGGGCCAAACCAGUCGUGCUGGUGACCUUUUCUCCCAAUCAGUUUGAUAAAGGUUACUCUUACAACAUCCGUCAUAGCUUUGGAAAGGAAGGCAAGAGGACAGACUAUACACCUUUCAGUUGCUUGAAGAUCAUCCUGUCCAAUCCACCAAGCCACGGGGAUUAUCAUGGGUGCCCAUUCCGUCACAGUGAUCCGGAGCUGCUGAAGCAAAAGUUGCAGUCAUACAAGAUCUCUUCUGGAGGGAUAAGCCAGAUUUUGGAUUUAGUAAAGGGAACACAUUACCAAGUAGCCUGUCAGAAAUACUUUGAGAUGAUACAUAAUGUGGAUGAUUGUGGCUUUUCUUUGAAUCAUCCUAAUCAGUUCUUUUGUGAGAGCCAACGUAUUCUAAAUGGUGGUAAAGACAUAAAGAAGGAACCCAUCCAACCAGAAACUUCUCAACCCAAACCAAGUAUCCAGAAAACCAAGGAUGCGUCAUCUGCUCUGGCCUCUUUAAAUUCCUCUAUGGAAAUGGAUAUAGAAGGACUAGAAGAUUACUUUAAUGAAUGAUUUUUAGGCAAUUUAGUAACCCUUUUUCCUCAAUAGCUUUCAUUUCCUGUUUGUAAGAUUUCACCUUCUUUGUAACUGAAAAAAGAUUUCACUCUGUCACCCAGGCUGGAGUGCAGUGGCACAGUCACAGCUGAUUGCAGCCUUAACCUUCCCAGCUCAAGUGGUCCUCCUGCCUCAGCCUCCUGAGCAGUUGGGACCACAGAUGUGUACCCCAUACCCAGCUAAUUAAAAAAAAAUUUUUUUUUGUAGAGAUGGAGGGCUCCCUCUGUUGCCCAGGUAGAUCUCAAACUCCGGGGCUCAAGCGAUCCUCACACCUCAGCCUCCCAAAGUGCUGGUAAUACAGGUGUGAGCCACUGUGCCUGGCCUUUUUCUUUUUUUAACCUUUUUGUUUAACUUCUCUCUUUACUGCAUUCCAGUCCAUCUACAUGUAUGCAUACAUUUAUUAGGAAAGCAGGUUUGAGGUAAAAACAGACCUUCACUGUAUUUUGCUUUGACAGAAGAAAAGAGAAAGAGUUUCUAUUAAAAUCUAUCAAUCACUUGAAUGGUGCCAUUUAAGUCCUGUUCUAGGAGAUAAAAAUAGCUUUGGGGACUGGUUAAAGUCCCCCAGAAACUGUAAUAAAGUUAAGAACAAAUUUGAUUUUAAGUCUUAUCACUUUGUAAUUUUGACUCAAUCCUUUUCUGGACCAUUUUUAUUAAUAUCAAAGUGUACA